AUGUCGAUUGGUAGAUUACCAGGGCGAGAACAGGAAUAUUACAGCAAACUCCUCAUGGACGCAACAGACGAGGAGAGGAAGUGGGUUGACAUAAGAAAGGAAUGGUUGAGGAAAUCAAGUGAAUUCGAUCUUCAGCUUGAGGCUACCAAGCGUGAGGAAAAGUUGAAGAUGAAGAGACAAGCAGCGCGAUCGUCAGGAUUGAGUUUCGAGGAGAUUGAGCAGCACAUCGUCCACUCAACUCCCUUCCCCAAGCCCAUCCCCCUCGCCACACUGGUAUCAGUCAUGACGGAGAUCUGGGACGAUUGA